ACAUCGAGGACACCAUCAUGUGACUUGGAAACUUGUCAAAGCUGAGACCUCUUCAAGGUCCAGUUUGAUACCCAACAGCAGGUGAAUGAAGCUCCUCGCUGAGCUGAUCUUAACAUGACUUACUUUGUCAGUAAAUACUUCAGUUGGUGUUGCAGCCUCUGCCUUCUGCUAGGAUGCAGCUUCACAGUAAGCCUCAAAGUUAAAGUUGGUGCAGACAUUACUUUAACGUGCAAGUACGAUGCUCGCUACUACGGCAAGCUGUCGGUGUGCUGGGGUCGAGGGCCUAUCCCUAACAGGGGCUGUGCCAACGAAGUCAUCAAGGCGGACGGAACAUCGGUCACCAGCAGACUAUCCGAGCGCUACCUGCUCAUGGGUAACAUCGAGGAGGGCGAUGUGUCGCUGACCAUCAGACAGGUUGUGGAGAGCGACCGGGGUGUGUACGGCUGCCGUGUGGAAAUCCCAGGCUGGUUCAACGAUCGCAAACAUCGGGUGACCCUGACGGUGGUACCAGCAUGCCCUGAUGCUCUCAAGGUGGAGAUGCGGGAGGUGAGGGACAGAACUGUCAACAUUCGCUGGUCGCAUGUGUUUGACGGUGGAAGGCCCAUCGAGUCCUACGAGAUUGACAUCAAGAGCAAAGAGGCACUAUGGGAUGCUGCAUUGAUAACUCACAUAUCAAAUCCAAACCUGACUCAGGUCACUCUGGUGGACUUGCGACCGGCAAAGUAUUACAACCUCCGCAUGUUUGCAAUCAAUAGUCAGGGCAUGAGUAACGCCAGUAAUGUUCUCACAGUUGCCACAAAAGAAGCAGCACCAGAAGGUCCACCACUGGAUAUGCGUCUCCAAGCGACCUCGUCUACAAGCAUCAGAGUGUCUUGGAAGCCUCCUCGGGCGGACCUGAGAAAUGGGAUUCUACGCAGUUACAGCAUCCGCUACAUAGAGUAUGACCCUGUUGGCAGACACUUCAAACAGUGGCACCACCAAAGUGUCACAGCCACACAGUCACAAGAGAGCCUCAUUUUAAGUGGAUUGAGGCCCUCCACCCAGUACAGUGUGCUCGUACAGGCCAAGACCAACGCAGGCAUAGGACCUGCCUCGAGUGCUCUCCUCUGCUCCACCUUGGAUGAGCUUCUCCAAACUUCGACCGAGGCAACAAUCAACACGCUCUUCACCGUUACAUGGCCGAUGCCAGAGACCACAUGGUUCAUCUCAGAUCUCACAACUCCAGCAGUUGAGGUGGUUAUUGCCAGCACAGCAUGGGAACAAAGCACUCCAGGUUUUUCCUCAGUGCCUCCGGACCCACCUAUUGUUGAGUUGAAGGAGGUCAACGGCAACACAGUAUCUUUCUCCUGGACUCCUGGGUUUGAAGGAGAUGCCCCCAUUUCUGGAUAUUUCCUUGAGUAUAAAGCUUUGAAUGGCUCGUGGGAUUUUGAGAAGACAGUAGUGGACUUCAGCCCAAACCAGAGAGAGGCCACCAUCAUAGAGAUAAAUCCCUCCGUGUACAACAUCCGCAUGUUUGCAAAGAGCAGUCUGGGUACUAGUAAAGCCAGCAACAUCCUUACCUUCACAACUGGAGACACAGGUCAGCAGGAUGUUUUCUCAACAACCACAACCAUUAAUACUCAUGCUGCAACAAGCUCUGAGGAGGGGGGAAGUGGUCACCUUGUUGCUAUCGUUGUUCCACUUGUGCUGGUGAUGAUGUCGAUCGUUGCCAUAGCGACUAUAUGGCACCUGCGACGGUUCAAAGGGCAAAAAGGCAACAUUAGCCUGUGGCUGAGCCGAGGAGCAAUGCUUUACAGAGGCUCUGAGUCCAUGCAAGAGCUUUGAGACAUGCUUCUUUAAGGGACGUCACAGAUAUGUCAACAUGAAAACAGCGAAAGACCUGAACUGUACAUCAUGUUGUAUGGAUAUCACUGGCGUGUCCUCAUACAGUUAGAUCCAAAAAUACAGUAUUUGGGCACUGACUUUUUUUUUUUUUUUUUUUUUUUUUUUUUUUUUUGGAAUGAUCUUGCCUGUGUAUAUCUCCAUAAUGGAUUUAAAAUGUAAAAAAGUGUACGUUUAGCCUUUCGACUUCAAUGUCAAAAAUAUGAGACAUACAAGAAAAGAACCUUGAGCCAACAACCUUUUGUUGUUGACUUUUUUUUUUCCAGAAGGGAAGUACAGAAAAAAUAAACACCUGAAAUGUGAGCCUCUUUCAACUAGGAUGCAGCUGUGUUCGGGAAAAUACCUUUUGGAUUUAUGGCCCAAAAAGUUCAACAUUGGUUUCCAAAUUUUGCAACAACCCAUUUGUAAUUUCCCAAAAGCAGGGUACCAACAAGUUAAUACCCAUUUGUAGGGGCCAAGUUUGGGAAGUUUAUAAUUUGCAUUGGAAAACAAAAAGCACGUUUUGUUUUUUCAACAUUUUUACGUUUUACGUUUUAAGGCAAAUUUGUAGAAAUCAAAACAAAGAAUCGGUCAGCUCAAACUAUUGCAGUCAGUUAUGACAUAAUGCUUGUUUAUUUGAAGAAAGGAGUUUGCAGUGUUCAUUUCUCGGCCUGUGACUAACAUGAAGUGCCAGCUUGUUGCAUCCAAGUGCCAGCAGAGGGCGUUCGGGCCCCACCGUUGACAGUGUUGCAGUUUAGCCUCCAUCAGUGUAGCAUCCUCAUGAGGAGCCACUGCAGCCAAACUCGAUUUCUAUCCAUCUGUCUAACAAAUCUCUUCAUUGGGGGAGGGAAUUUGAUACGGAUGCCACCCAACAAUGAGGGAGCAUUGGCGAUAGCAAGUACUGUUUUUCAGCUGUUACCAAAUGGUACAAUGGUUGUACAUGUCUAUAUAUGCACGGGU